AUGGAUGCCGAUGUUCAGCAACUUUCUUCCGAGGAAGAGGAGAUUGACUCGACAACACAAGACAAAGGAAAUGGUAAAAACCAGAAAACUUCUUCUGGUAAACCUCGUGUGAUUCUUACUGGUAAGAAACGUCAACGUCGGCUUUCUUCUGGUGUUUGGGUGAAUUUUGAUUUUUUAGACGAGCCUGAUGAAAAUGGUAAUCUAAUUUGCAAAUGUAAAAAGUGUGGUAUACAUUUUAAUGCUGAUAGUAAGAAUGGAACUGGGAAUCUUCAUCGUCAUUUGAAAAAUUGCAAACAAAGGUCUUUUAGGGAUGUUGGUCAAAUGAUAUUAGAGAAAACAUCCUCUGGUUUAGGAAAUAGAUUGCGUGAAUUUGAUGCUAAUUAUUUCCGUGAAUUAUUAUCUCUUGCUAUUGUGGAGCGUGAUAUGCCAUUUCAGUUUGUAGAGUUCAAGGCUCAUUAUGUUGACAAGUCUUGGUGUUUGCAAAAAAAGAUUUUGAACUUUUCUUACAUUGGUCCUCCCCAUACAGGAAUUCAUUUAUGUGAUCAUGUGUAUGGUUUGUUAAAAGAAUGGGGUAUUCAAAAAAAUAUUUUUUCAAUUACAUUAGAUAAUGCUUCUUCAAAUGAUGUUUUUGCUGAAAAUCUAAAAGGGGAACUUAAGUUGAUUUGUGGUGGGGAAUUUUUUCAUGUAAGGUGUUGUGCUCACAUUCUUAAUUUAAUUGUUCAAGAUGGUUUAAAAGAAAUUGAUGAGGCUGUGUAUAAGAUUAGAGAGAGUGCCAAAUAUUGUAAGAGUUCACAAGCUAGGAAACAAAGGUUUUUAAGUUGUGUAUCACAUGUUGAAAUUCAAUCUACUAGAAUUUUACAACAAGAUAUUCCUACUAGAUGGAAUUCAACUUACAUGAUGCUUGAUUGUGCUUUGCAUUUUAAAAAAGCUUUAAUUCACUUCCAAAAAGUUGAUGCCAAUUAUGUACAUUGUCCUUCUGUUGAAGAAUGGGGUAGAGUUGAAAAAAUAUGCAAGUUUUUGAAAGUUUUUCAUGAUGUCACACUUGCCUUUUCUGGGACCAAAUAUCCAACUUCCAAUAUCUACUUUCAUAGAGUCUUACAAGUUAGGUUGUUGUUACAAAAUGAAAUGAAAAGUUCAGAUCUUUUUAUGCAAAAAAUGGCUUGUAAAAUGUAUGAGAAAUUUGGAAAGUAUUGGUCAGAAUUUAGUACAUUUAUGGCUGUUGCUGUGGUGUUGGAUCCACGAUAUAAGUUGCAAUGUGUCAAUUAG